UGCUGCUGUGUUGUUGUGUAGCUCUCAGAAAAAAACAUCAAAUCAUGCCCGGUGAGACAGCAGGUUAAAAUAAUGUCUUUACCGUGAACACAGGCGUUUAAUGUUUGCAUUUUUAGACUCGUUUACAGUUAGUUAAAGUCUCUAUCCGUGUGGGCCGGCGGGUUAAAGUGGUUUAAAGUGAGUACAGAGGAGUGUUUUUGUGCUGAUCCGAGGCCUUGUCGAAAAAAAAAAAAGUCUGACAUAAAAGCGUCCGAGGUUGCAUGCUGAAGUCUACAGGUUCUCUGGUUAGGUUUGAGUGUUUCUCCGUCGGAAGAUGGACACUGAUAAAUUUAACUAUGUUUACAGCUGUGACUUGGACAUCAACGUUCAACUUAAGAUAGGCAGUUUAGAAGGGAAGCGAGAGCAGAAGAGCUACAAAGCCCUGCUCGAAGACCCCAUGCUGAGGUUCUCCGGCCUCUACCAGGAGAACUGCUCGGACCUCUACGUCACCUGUCAGGUGUUUGCUGAAGGAAAACCUCUCGCUCUGCCCGUUCGCACCUCUUACAAAGCAUUCAGCACUCGCUGGAACUGGAACGAGUGGCUGCGGCUACCAGUCAAGUACCCAGACCUUCCCCAAAGUGCCCAGGUUGCUCUCACAGUGUGGGACAUCUAUGGGCCCGGCAGAGCCGUCCCCGUCGGGGGAACCACUGUCACCCUCUUCGGCAAAUAUGGUAUGUUCCGGCAAGGGAUGCAUGACCUGAAGGUUUGGCCGGGUGUGGAGGGGGACGGAGGGGAGCCCACCACCACGCCAGGACGCACCAGCAGCAGCCUGGCAGAGGAUCAGAUGGGCAGAUUGGCCAAGCUGACGAAGGCCCAUCGACAGGGCCACAUGGUGAAGGUGGACUGGCUGGACCGUCUCACUUUCAGAGAGAUUGAGAUGAUCAACGAGAGCGAGAAGCGCAGCUCUAACUUCAUGUACCUCAUGGUGGAAUUUCCACGCGUCAAAACGAACGACAAAGAAUACAGUAUUGUCUAUUACGAAAAGGAUGGAGAUGAUUCGUCACCCGUUCUCACCAGCUGCGACAUUGUCAAAGUCCCUGAUCCACAGAUGGGGAUGGAGAACCUAGUCGAGAGCAAGCAUCACAAACUGGCUCGUAGCCUCCGCAGUGGACCUUCAGAUCACGACCUGAAGCCCAACGCUGCAACACGUGACCAGCUCAAUAUCAUUGUGAGCUACCCUCCUACCAAGCUGCUGAGCUCUGAAGAACAAGACCUGGUGUGGAAGUUCAGACACUACCUCACCACUCAGGAGAAGGCUUUGACAAAGUUCCUCAAGUGUGUGAACUGGGAUCUGCCCCAGGAGGCCAAGCAGGCUCUGGAGCUGCUGACGAAGUGGAGGCCCAUGGAUGUGGAGGACUCUCUGGAGCUGCUGUCCUCACAGUUCACAAACCCCACGGUCAGACGCUACGCCGUGGCACGCCUCCAGCAGGCAGAUGAUGAGGAUCUACUGAUGUAUCUCCUCCAGCUGGUCCAGGCGCUCAAAUAUGAGAACUUCAGUGAUAUUCAAGGAGGGUUGGAGCCAGGCAGCAAGAGAGACAGCCAGGGACUUUCAGAUGACUCCGCACUGGACAGUUCUCAGAUCCUCUCUGGUACGUCUGGACCCUCCACAGCUCCACAGAAAGGCAAAGAAGGAGCUGACAGCGAGAAUAUGGAGCAGGACCUAUGUACGUUUCUCAUCUCACGUGCUUGCAAGAACUCCACGCUUGCCAACUACUUGUACUGGUACGUGAUAGUGGAGUGCGAGGAUCAGGACACCCAGCAGAGAGACCCUAAGACCCACGAGAUGUACCUGAACGUCAUGAGGAGGUUCAGCCAGGCUUUACUCAAGGGUGAUAAGAGCGUGAGGGUGAUGCGGUCGCUGCUGGCCGCCCAGCAGACAUUUGUAGACAGACUUGUGCAGCUGAUGAAAGCCGUUCAAAGGGAGAGCGGAAAUCGCAAGAAAAAGACUGAGAGGCUGCAGGCUCUGCUGGCCGACAAUGAGAAGGUCAAUCUUUCAGAGAUCGAGCCGAUUCCUCUUCCUCUGGAGCCUCAGAUCCGGAUAAGAGGCAUCGUCCCCGAGACAGCGACACUGUUCAAGAGUGCUCUGAUGCCAGCCAAGCUGAUAUUCAAAACCGAGGAUGGAGCCAUGUACCCGGUCAUCUUCAAACACGGAGACGACCUGAGGCAGGACCAGCUCAUCCUUCAGAUCAUCUCCCUCAUGGACAAACUGUUGAGAAAAGAGAAUCUGGACCUGAAGUUGACGCCCUACAAAGUUUUGGCCACCAGCACCAAACACGGUUUUAUGCAGUUUGUCCAGUCGGUUCCUGUUGCAGAAGUCCUGGCUACUGAAGGCAACAUCCAGAGCUUCUUCAGGAAACACGCACCAAGUGAAAAAGGGCCGUAUGGUAUCAGCUCAGAGGUGAUGGACACAUACGUCAAGAGCUGCGCUGGUUACUGUGUCAUCACAUACAUCCUGGGAGUAGGAGACAGACACUUGGACAACCUGCUGCUGACAAAGACCGGGAAGCUCUUCCACAUCGACUUUGGUUACAUCCUGGGCAGAGACCCCAAACCUCUGCCGCCGCCCAUGAAGCUGAGUAAAGAGAUGGUGGAGGGGAUGGGAGGCAUGCAGAGCGAGCAGUACCAGGAGUUCAGGAAGCAGUGCUACACCGCCUUCUUGCAUCUCAGACGAUACUCCAACCUGAUCCUGAAUCUGUUCUCGCUCAUGGUGGAUGCCAAUAUUCCUGACAUCGCUCUUGAGCCCGACAAAACUGUUAAGAAGGUACAAGACAAGUUCAGAUUGGACCUAUCAGAUGAGGAGGCGGUUCAUUACAUGCAGAGUUUGAUUGAUGAGAGUGUGGGCGCGCUGUUUGCUGCUGUCGUCGAGCAGAUACACAAGUUUGCUCAGUACUGGCGCAGAUGAGCAGACCAGAGAGGCGGCCGAGACGAGACGAGACUGAACUGGAUUGACAGAUGCACAGAACUUCUGCAGCAGGAACGCACGAUCGUAUGGUGUGUGUGUGUGUGUGUGUGUGUGUGCGUGUGCGUGUGUGCGGAUGAAUGAGAAACUCUAUGACACUGUUUAAAAAGGCCAAGAAUGCACUGCCAACUUUUACUGCAAGAUGGCUAAACAAGGACACGGACAUCUUUGUUUGCUUCUGUAUAUAACAUGUAUAUUAAUUAUUAAAUGAAUUAAAUGUAUGGCCAAAUAAAAGACCGUUGAUACAAGUA